AUGGUGUGGUGUGACCGUGGCGUCCAGAUGCUGCUGACCACGGUGGGAGCUUUCGCCGCUUUCAGCCUCAUGGCCAUCGCCAUCGGUACCGACUACUGGCUGUACUCCAGCGCGCACAUCUGCAACGGCACCAACAUCACGGCGGACGAAGCGCAGGGACCGCCGAGGAAAGCGAGGGGCGACCUUACGCAUUCGGGGCUCUGGAGGAUCUGCUGCCUCGAAGGAAUCUACAAAGGACACUGCUUCCGAAUCAACCACUUCCCUGAAGACAAUGACUACGACCAUGACAGCUCGGAAUACCUUCUCCGCAUUGUCCGUGCCUCCAGUGUGUUCCCCAUCCUAAGCACAAUAUUGCUGCUGCUGGGAGGGCUCUGUGUUGGAGCAGGGAGGAUUUACAACAGCAAAAACAACAUUAUUCUCAGCGCUGGAAUUCUCUUUGUCGCAGCAGGACUAAGUAAUAUCAUAGGGAUCAUUGUCUACAUAUCAAGCAACGCAGGUGACCCAAGUGAUAAGCGAGAUGAGGACAAAAAGAACCAUUACAACUACGGUUGGUCUUUCUAUUUUGGAGCCUUGUCUUUUAUCGUGGCCGAAACCAUAGGUGUUCUGGCUGUGAACAUUUAUAUCGAGAAGAACAAAGAGCUGAGGUUUAAGACCAAGAGGGAAUUCCUUAAGACUUCUUCCAGUUCUCCUUAUGCCAGGAUGCCAAGCUACAGGUACAGGAGGCGGAGGUCCAGGUCCAGUUCUCGAUCCACAGAGCCUUCUCCAUCUAGAGACAUUUCCCCGGUUGGCAUGAAGAUAGCAAGCACCAUUCCCAUGAACGAGAUUUCCAUGUACACUCUGUCCAGAGAGCCCUUGAAGGUCACAACAGCCGCCAGCUACAACGCAGACCAAGAAGCCAGUUUUCUGCAGGUCCACAACUUCCUUCAGAAGGAAUUUAAGGAAGGACUCCACGUCAACAUGGUCAACAGGAGAACAACACCAGUCUGAAGUUCCUUCCCUCCCUGUGGUUUUUGGAAAAAAUAUCAGAACAGACCUGUCAUGAAAGAGAAGGAGCGAUGUUAAAAUACCCUCUCACCUCUUUAACUGUGGCAUGUAUUGAGGCAGCAAGUGGGGAUCCUCUGGACCAACAUAAAGAUGUUACACGCUUGUAGCUUUUUCAAAGCUAUUUGGAGUUUGUUUCUUUCAGUUCUUGGUGUCACGAGAUGAAGGUAGUUCAUGU